CAAGAUGAUCAAGGAGUCCAUGGACAAGAAGUUUGGCAGCUCGUGGCACGUGGUGAUCGGCUUGUAUAAAGUGACAUCAGUGCCCCUUCCUUGCAUCAUGCCAGUUACAAGGUUACUGUGACCCACUGAUGUUGAAAGAGAGAAUGAUGUGGCGAAUGCGCCGUCGCUCCAAGACAAUCUGUCUGUCCUUGGCACUCAUCUCCAUUUUCCUGCAACUCCUUCUGGCGUUUGUCUCGCUUUCCUUGUACCACCAAUCCUGUGCCCCCCUGCCAGCCACCAGGACGCCAUUCCCAACACACCUGGCAAACAAAAGCUACGACUUCACCGCCAUGGAUGGUGGAAGGAUUGCACCGGUCAAAGCGGCCCUUGUUGAGCCUCUUGCGCCCAGCCUGGCGAAGCUAGAGGCGCUGUUUGACCAUCCCCUUUACUAUGCGCCCAUGUCGUCCAUUCACGACGACGAUUUGUUGCUGACGGUCAAACCAAAUCUGGGGUCUGAAAGGAGCUCACAGAUGUGGGUGAGUGAGAGCCAGGAAGGUUACGACAGUGUUCACUGGAAUCGCACCAACGGCAGCCACCCCCCCUGGCUGCGCUUUCACCUGGCCAUCUCCCGCUGGCAGCUCUACCCCCAUCCGGACCCCAACAUGGACUCUGUGAUCCAACAGCUCGCCACUCACCGCAUCGUUAGCGUAGUGCAGAAAACCGCGGGUACGCAGCUGAAGCUGGUGAUGUCAUUUCAAAACUAUGGGCAGGCCAUGUUCAAACCCAUGAAGCAGGAGAGGGAUGAUGAAACCAACUACAACCUCUACUAUUUCUCUGACUUUGAACGUCACAAUGCAGAAAUUGGCGCCUUUCACCUAGACAGGAUUUUGGGCUACAGGAGGGUACCCCCAGUGGUUGGGAGGCAAGUGGAUGUGGUCAAAGAGAUUAAAGACAUCACGACAGAUCACAAGCUGGCCCGGACAUUUUUUAACUCUCCCGUGGGCAAUGUGUGCUUCUACGGCCGGUGCUCCUACUACUGCUCCACAGAGCACGCAGUGUGCGGCCGGCCCACCGACCUAGAGGCCUCCUUGGCCCUCAUGCUGCCCGACCAAUCCCUGGCCACCCGGCGGAGCUGGCGAUCACCAUGGAGACGCUCCUACAGCCGCAGCAAGCUGGCAAGAUGGGAGACAGAACCAGACUACUGCGAGACCAUCAAGAAGACGGCACCCUACGACAAAGGCACCAGGCUGGUGGACUUCAUUGACAUGGUCAUACUGGACUUCCUGAUGAGCAACAUGGACAGACACCACUACGAAACGUUUGAGAAGUUUGGCAACAACACUUUCCUGCUGCACCUUGACAACGGCCGGGCAUUCGGGCGUCACUCCAAAGACGAGCCGUCCAUCUUGGUGCCAUUAGAGCAGUGUUGCAGAAUCCGUCGUUCCACCUGGCUACGCCUGCGCCUGCUUUCCCUGCCUCAGUAUCGCCUCAGCGACGUCAUGCGGGCCUCGCUUUUCCAUGACCCCCUACAGGGCGUAGCCCCGCUGCUGACUGAGCCCCACCUUGAUGCCCUCGAUCGGCGCCUGAAAACCGUGCUGAAUGCCGUGAGUCGUUGCGUGGAGAAGCAGACUGAGGGCGGCGGUGAAAAGGUCAUUUACGACGACAUCGGCCAACAGAAGGACAUGUAGACGUGUCUAGCCG